GUGGACUUAGAAUGGCUAGCAUCCAAGUGUUUUUGAGCCCUUGAGGUACAGAGAUCAGCGAUGAACUACUUUGGACAAUGACUACCACUGAUUGUUGCACUGUUAUUUUGGGUGUUGUUAGCCCGUCUCUGAUGAUCGUCAUGGCCACGCCUCUUGCCGCCCUGUGUUUCACGACUGAGUUUGUUUGUGUUGGUGCUCAUGUGUAGUUGUGAUUCAGUUCCUAAGUGAGUUCUCCCUAUCCUGGGUGGUGCAUCCGUGUCUUCUUGUUCAACCAUGGCCACCCCAAACCACUCUGAGUCCCCUUCAUUCCAACAACAGGGGCGCCUGUUGUGUCACUGUGAAGGCCACUGCCCACCGCCAGCAUUGAGCGAGGGCCUGCCAAACAACACCUGCUUGGCGCGCGUGGGCGCCAAGUGCUUUUCAGCCGUCGAGGAGGUCUAUGACUUGGAGGCUGGCCGGCUGGUAGCUGAACGCACGUACGGCUGCCUACCGCCCGACCACAUGAGCGGCCUGCUUCAGUGUCAGGGUCACCUGGUGCCGCAUCUGAAUCCCACAUCGAUUGCGUGCUGUGCCGACGAGAACUAUUGCAAUCGACACCUGCAGCCCACCUACACGCCCACGCCCCUUCAUGAGGCUUUUGGCAUGGACCAGACCACGUUUUUGGUGCUCUUGGUCUCUGUCACGCUCUUUCUUUGCCUGUUUGUAAUACUCAUUGCCUUGGCUUUCCUUCGCUACAAGAAGCGGGAGGACAAGCGACAGAAAUACAUGCUGACAGCUCGCAGUGACCCUGACGGCUUCACUCAUUCACAUCCGGGCACCCUGAAUGACCUGAUUGAGCAGAGCUCGGGUUCCGGUUCAGGGUUGCCACUUCUCGUUCAGAGGACCAUCGCCAAACAGAUCCAAAUGGAACGAUCCAUUGGCAAGGGUCGCUACGGUGAGGUGUGGCUGGCCAAGUGGAGGGGCGAAAACGUGGCUGUCAAGGUCUUUUUCACCACGGAUGAGGCCUCCUGGUUUCGAGAGACUGAAAUCUACCAGACGGUUCUGAUGCGCCAUGAAAACAUCCUCGGCUUCAUCGCCGCCGACAUCAAAGGAACGGGUGGAUGGACGCAAAUGCUCCUCAUCACCGACUACUACGAGAAUGGAUCCCUCUACGACUUCUUGGCUCACAACACGCUUGACGUGGAACAAAUGCUCCGGAUAUGCCAUUCUGCGUUAUGCGGGAUCUGUCACCUUCACACGGAGAUCCAUGGAACCCGUGGGAAGCCGGCCAUCGCCCACCGAGACAUCAAGACGCGCAAUAUCUUGGUUAAACUGGACGGAACGUGCGUGAUUGCGGACUUCGGUCUGGCCGUUCGCUACGACAGCGAGAAAAACGAAAUUGACAUUGGGGCUCCCAAUCCUCGCGUGGGCACGAUCCGCUAUAUGGCGCCCGAAGGUCUGGAUCAGUCCCUGAACACGUCCCUGUUUUCCUCGUUCCUCCACGCGGAUAUGUAUAGUGUGGGUCUCAUGCUCUGGGAGGUGGGACGACGGACCAUGACUGGAGAGAAAAGGAUGGUGUGCGACGAGAGUCAACUUCCCUACUAUGACUUUGUUAAUCCGGAUCCAUCCUUUGACGAAAUGCUCAACGCCGUGUGUUCUAAACAAAUCCGUCCCGCGUUGCCACAUCGCUGGCAAACCAGUCCAGCACUCUCUGGCCUUUCAAAGGUCAUGGUGGAGUGUUGGCAUGGCACUCCGUCUGCCCGUUUGUCAUCCCUGAGAGUCAAGAAGACCUUGACGAAUCUGCUCAUGAACGAACUACCGCCCGCCAGUAUCAAAAUGAUUUGAAGGGAGCAGAGCUGCUCAAUGAGUUGGAUGGAAAACUCCAACUGAUGCCUACCACGAACAUGCAUAUUUGCCGCAGAUGUCAAAAAAUUGCCCUCUUCCGCCCGAAACAUGUGCCAUACUUACUACGUUACACAGAGGUGUAUUCUUGUACUAACUAACUACUAUCUAUAAUAAAUGAUGAACGUCGUCCUCGAGAACGUGAUGAACAGUGAAAAAUACAGCCAAAUUUGUAGAAACUUAAGAGAA